GGUAAUGUUGUAUCGCUGGAUCCCAAUCCACAAGUUCUAAACUUCAAUGCCCUUCCAUUCCCACUAUGACGCGACGAUGACAUCACGACCAAUUCCAUCUGUAGCGCUCUCAAGCUCGCGACCGAACAGAACAAGUGAGCUAGUCGCGUCAGGCAGAAGGACUCAACGGCACUCGGCACAAUAGCAUACCUGUACACACUCCGGGCUUUACUAGCAGUUGGAGCGGACUGUAAGACUGAGAUUCCGACCUGACGAGCCUCUCAACACACCGCCUCCGGUUCCCUUCGCAAAGUGAAAGAGAUUUUAUGCUAAAGUUUUCAGGAUUUGUUUAACCUCCCGCGGACAAGAGCGGAAUGAGCGACUUUACGAUGAUAAACUGUUGCCUGAUCCUUGGCGCGUGCCUUCUGUCCAGCCAAGUGGUCUGGAGUCAGCGUGUUCGAGUGGAAUAUGAGGUCACUGCGUAUCCAAAUAGCUCUGUCAAUCUGCGCUGUGAAUUCAUCAACAGCGGAAACACCAAACUCACACAGGUUUCGUGGAUGUUUGAGCGUGUUGAGGGUGAUAGGCACAACAUUGCUGUAUUCCAUCCCUCAUAUGGAGCCAGUUUCCCUAAUAAAGAGUUUGAAGGCAGAGUUAAUUUCACAAGGGGCUCCCUGGAGAACCCAUCCAUUAGGAUCGACAAACUGAAGAUGGCUGAUGCUGGCAGGUACAUCUGCGAGUACGCAACUUACCCCAGUGGAAACGAGCAAGGAACGACCACUCUUAUCAUGCUGGCUAAACCCAAAAACUCAGCUACCGCCAUCCCAGUCCAAGCCGGCCCUUCUGAAGUUGUCGUGGCAAGUUGUGAAGCAGCCCAAGGAAAACCAGAGGCAACAAUCUCCUGGAUUACAACUGUUGCUGGCCGCUAUAACCACACUUCAGUGCCCGAAGUGGACGGCACAGUGACCGUAAAGAGCGAGUAUCGGAUGAUCCCGACACCUGCUGAAAACGGAAAAGAAAUCACCUGCCUGGUAACCCAGAGGACGCAGAGCGAGCCAAAAUCCUUCGACUUGAAGCUGGUGGUGGAGUACCCACCCAUUGUGACAAUAGAUGGAUAUGACAAUAACUGGUAUAUGGGUCGGACUGAUGCUGUUUUGACCUGCGAGGCUGACGCCAACCCAGAACUUACUGAGAUUAUCUGGACAACCACGUCGGGUCCGAUGCCGCCUUCGGUACGGGUGGAACACAACCGGCUGCUGGUGAGGAAGGUGGACGAAACGGUAAACACAACAUUUGUGUGUGAAGUGAAGAACCGUCUGGGUGCUGGCAAGAAAGAGCUCUCCGCCAUGGUCAUCGAUCAACCUUUACCAAAAUCCCCCUCGGCUGGGUCAGUACUCGGGGGCAUCAUUGCAGCCAUAAUCAUUCUGUGUUUGAUCGGCGCUGGUGUUGCCAUGUACCGCAAACGCAUUCAGAGCACCGCGAAUGGAGAAGGCCCCCCCAAACACAAGCCGCCUCCUCCGAUGAAGUCUGGCAGCUCAACAGAAAUGCUGAAUAAACCACAGGACAAGGCCACAACCAUCACAGAAGCCCAGCCGCUCAGCAACUAUGAGACAAACUACUAUGAAACUAACUCUGCCGAGCCCGUUACGGAUCUAGAUGAUGACAACACAGGCCCUCCCGCUAACGGCGGCACCCCCAAUGUCUGGGACGGCUCAGGACACCCUCCUGAUAAGGAUGAGCUGACCGAUGAGACUCUUCCACCGUAUGAACCAACUGAGAAUGAUAUUGAAGCUAGCCAUGGUAACCUAGCCCGUGAAGAAAGUUUCAUGUCUCAGCCCAUGCUGGUCUAAAGACGUAGGCCGUGCCUGCGAUUUGCACUGCCACCGUCCCACCCAGCCACGGACGCCCAUUCCAGCACAGCAGGCUAUGGUCCACGGCUCGGCACAUACACAUCGAAAACCACCCCAGCCUGGUGCAAUUUUUUUUUUUUACAAGUGGCUAACCGACCUUUUAACCUAUUCUCAUGGUUUUGUGGGUGGUCCAUGAAACAUAUUGAUACCUUUCAGACCAGUGUUCAUCAGACUUUUGACAGAUUUUGGACAUUUGAUAAUGUAUGACAAGUUCUUAGUGCUUUACAAAAGCAAACUUUGAUUAGAAAUUAACGAUAAAACAAAACCAUGAGAAUUGGUAGUUAUUCAGUUUUGAGGUACUAUGUAAUAUUUUAAUCCCGGUUAUGUAAAAAACAAACAUAGUCGCACCAGUUUGACUUGACAAACAUUUAAUUUCCUGAAAGGUCUAAAUAUAUAAUAAUUUGCUUUCAGUAUUUUAAAAUACACUGCAUAUACUGUCAAAUGUUGCUUAUGUUUCUGAUCUCUACAUUUUUAUUCUGCGAUCUUGGUGUAGUGCUCUUUUAAGCUUUAGCUUUUGUCGGUUUUGUGCGUUGACUUCUGUGAUGAGGGAAAAAGUCUUGUGGUAUAUGCAAUGUAUUUUACAUACAGCAAAAAUGUAUUUUUAUAUUUUAUAUUUGAUGUCAUUUUGAUUGAUUAUAUCACCUAAAAACAAAUGUAUGCAUUAUUUUCUUAUUUUUGUUUCGUUGAUUGGCGUGUUCAUUGUUUUUUAAAAAGUACCAAAUAAGUUCUGUAAAUAACAUAAGAAAAUAAUAUAUAUAGCCAGUCUAACAUGCGUUAAAAAAAAAUGUAGAAAAACAAAAAAAGGAAAAAUGCAAACAAAUCCAAAAAUACCAGUGGGGUGCAAAAUAAAAAAAGUGUACUUUUUUUUUUUUAACAUUUAUUUUAACGGGUAUUACUAAAGUCGUAUGCUGAUGUUUUACUUAUUGAUAUGUGUGGAUUUUGUUACUGUAUAAUCUGCAUGGCAUGGUUGGUUGCUUUCCUAAAAACAGUGGGCACCUGUCGCAACUUUUCCUCGCUCCCCUAUUUUCUGGUCAUUAGAAGCACAAUAUGCAUUUAGAGAUGCUGAAGGUGACGGGAGUUUAGGAUCAUUUUCUGCCUUCUGAAGCUAAACGUUCAUGUUAAAGACCUUGUGAAAUCUCUUGACGAGCACAAAUUUCUUUCUGUACUGACAUAUUUCCUAUUGAAACAUUUUAGAAGAUCAAAAGACAUAAAAGAUCCCAUCCAUUUUAAAUUUGCCAAGGGGCUUUAGUUCCAUCACAGCCAUUAAUCAUGAUUUGCUACUUGCUGUUACUAGGCUGGUUGGACUACGAGGAGGGACAUUCUCAUUCUAGAGAGCAUUUGAUUGGACAAAACUCUUAGUGCAGGAUGAGUCAUCAAUAUUUUUGGCCUGUUUUCCAAAAGAAAGAUUAUACAUUUUAAAUGUUUAUCUGCUAAAACUUAAAAAAAAAAAAAGUCAACUUUAAGGAGUAUACCAUGAUAUAAAGCUAUUGGUUUCAACAGAUAUGAAUUGAAAGCCAUUGAUUUUAUGUGGUCUUUAAUAUUCAAAUGCACUGUGUAUCACUUUCUUGAGCUUGGCCACAACGCUUCAGUUGCCUUUGUUUGGCCAAACGUCAUCUUAUUCCUAUCGUUCUUAUCAAAAAGUAAGUAUUGUUUUUGAUUGCAAGAAGAGGAGGAAGCUUACACCUCCUCCUUAAAGGAACAGUUCACCCAAAAAUCAUCUACUCACCUUCAUGUUGUUCCAAUCCCAUAUGAUUCUGUUUCUUCUGUGGAACAAAACUGAGAUGUUUUGAAGAAUGUUUACACUGUAUUAUGGACAGGCUGGAAUUUAAGUUGCAUUCACUUUGGUCACCCUUUUAAUUCCAUUGUAUGGAAAAGCACAGCUUGGAUGUGCUGCUAUAUAAAUCUUUUUUUGUUUCGUGGACAAAGAAAGUUUCUAAAGACAAGAUUGAAUUUGUUUUGGUGAACUAUUCCUUUAAGAGAUAGAUGAGGAACAGAAAGUAGUUUUUUAAAUGUUUUCUUUUUUUUUCUUUUUCACUGGUUCUUGGAUGGCAUGGCAACUAAUUCCAUCACUGUUCAUGUCUUUCACUCUUGAAUGUAAUCUUUGCACAUCCACUUAAAGCUGUCGAUAGAUCAUUGUGUCAUAGUGUCUGAAUACAUUGUUGUAAUUGUGCCAAAGAACUCAUAUCAAAACCAUAGUGAUGCAAUGAACUAGAGAUUUGCUAACAGGUUACAGAGAUGAUAAAUAGAACGAAUGGAUGGCUUUUUUAAUGGUCACCUGGAGCGGAAACUUGCACAUUCACAAAGCUCACCUUUUAUAUGGGUGAACGGAUGAAUUGGUGGGCAGGCGCCAUGAGAAAUCAAUGGAUGGACGGUAGAGUUCCCCCCAGAUGAAUUAACAAGCCUCCUUCGUUCUUGAUUAGCCAUCGAUCACAUUCACUGCCUGAUCUUCUGGCCUGUUGGACAUCACAGAAAAUUACUGAUUCUUGCAAAACGGUUAUUCUUGACAUGACACGACAAUCUUUCACCCGUCAUCUCGGUUUAGCUGGGUUGUGGUCUCGUCACUGUUUCUGAUGAAGGGAAUGUACGUCUGCAUGCUGCAUGAGAUUUGGGGUUAGCUUAUGUUAUCACGCACAAAUGGACCGCCUUCACGCAACUGUCAUUUGCUACAAUGGUGCAGUAUUAGACAAUCACUGUAUGUUAUACUCAUCCAUAAGGGUUUCUGUGUUUUAAACUGUGAUUUCAUUUUUUUUUUUUUUAAGUUUGCAUUUUUAAACUUAAUUUAAUUCUUGUUUAUCUGUAUUUUCAAGUGUUUUUAAAAUGUCUUAUAUCGAUCACAUAUACAUUUAAAGUCCUCGUAAAACUAUUUAAUAUUUUGGAUUUUAAAAAAGACAAUCAAAGGAAUGUUAAAGGGAUUGUCCAGUCAAAAAUUCCAAUUCUGUCAUCAUUUACUCGCCCUCAUGUCGCUCCACACCUGUAGGCCUUUUUAUUUUGAAGAACAUUUCAGCUGUUUUUGUCCAUACAAUGAAAGUCAAUGUGGUCCAAAACAACAAGAAAGUCAGUCAUAUAAGUUUAGAAUGCACAAGGGUGAGUAAAUGUUGACAGGAUUUCCAUUUUGCAAUGAAUAAUCUCUUUAACAAAGUAGUGGCCCGCUAAAAUUAGUCUUUGGUUACCGAACGACUCUUGACAUUUAUCAAAUCUUCUCUCCAGCAAAACAAACACACUUAAUUUGUCAAUAUGUUUAUACUUCAUUAUCACAAAUCAUAUCAGAGACCGAUUCAAAAUCAUCUGCCACGCGUUCGCUUGUGCGCUGCCCUGUCAUCGUCAAGCCAGAUGUGCCUUUGUUACUUUAUUUUGAGCCAUUUUACUGACAGAUUUGUUUUGCCUGAGACAAAAGUAAAUCAUUGACUAUAUAGACCGCCCAAUGGGGAGAAUUGUGAUUGUUUUUAUUUCUAAUGUUUGUUUUUGCAUCUUAUUUCUUUCCGUACUGAGAUUAUUUUGUAUGCAUAAGCAACGUGUUCUAUGUUUUAUGGAUCAUUGUGAUGUCUAAUAAACUAUAAGCCAAA